AUGUCGCAGUCACAGGGGGCGCCCUAUAGUUCAGCUUUGAUCGGACGGCUCGAUCCAUAUGACCAAGUAGAGGAAAUCACCAACUACCUCGAACGAUUGGACCUGUAUUUCAAGGCCAAUGACAUUUCUCCAGCCAAGCAGUCUGCUGUUCUGCUGAGUUGUAUCGGAGCAAAUGUGUACAAAACUGUGAAGAGCCUUUCUGAACCUGUGGCAGUCACUGAAAAGACUUACACUGAACUGUGUACUCUGCUCAAAUCGCACUACGGACCCAAACGACUGGUGAUUGCUGAACGAUUCCGGUUUUAUCAGCGCAAUCAAAAUGCUGGUGAGACUGUAGCACAGUAUUCUGUGGAAUUGCAAACCUUGGCUGGACCGUGUAAAUUCGGUUCUUUUCUUGAUGAUGCCCUCCGCGACCGGCUAGUUUGCGGCAUACGCAGUUUGUUCAUCCAGAAACACUUGCUCACCAAAGAUGGCCUGACAUUCUCCAAAGCCAUCGAACUUGCCAAAACGCUUGAAACAGCCACAAAGGAUCAGCAGGACAUUAAGGCCCGGGGAGAUAGUAAUACUACUACAGUCCAGGCAGUCCAUCAGGUGCAGCAGCGCCAGAAGCAACGCUCCAACAAGCCUCCCAUGAGAAGGGAUCAGCGAUCCUCGUACCCCAGACUGAGUGGUCCCCUUUGCCAGAAUUGCGGCUACGCCUCUACCCAUAGAACUUGUCCUGCCAAGGGACAACACUGUAAGAGCUGCAAUAAGAUCGGCCACUUUUCAAAAGUCUGCCGAUCAAGGCCCAAACAGAUGCGAGCAGUUCUCCAGACAGAUCCAGAACAAGAGGAUGAAACCUGUACUUUUGCAGAGAACGAGUUCUUUGUCGGUGCCAUACGCCGACAGCAACUGCCCAUCGAUGACGUUUGGAGACAGGAUCUCCAUGUACAUGGACAGACUGUGUCAUUCCUACUUGACACGGGCUCUGAGGUCAAUAUCCUCCCGCUUGACAUCUUCAACGCGCUGAAUGUCCCCGAUAAGACCCUACAGCCGUCCUCAACACGCCUUACAGGAUUCUUCGGGGGAAAAGCCACACCAAUCGGCCAGACCAGACUCAUUUGCCAAGUCAAGGGCAAAACUCAAAGCUUGCUGUUCCUCAUCUUGCCUCAGGGAGAACCAGUCAUAGGCAAGCAUGCCUGUGACUCGCUUGGAUUGGUCCACAGAGUCUACACUCUACUCAGCAAUGAGAGUGUUUUUGAAGGGGGUGGAUGUCUGCAUGGACAAGCAGUUAGCAUCAAGGUAGACGAAGCCACCACCCCUUACUGCGUCAUGACUCCUCGUCGUAUCCCCAUUCCUCUCAUGCCCAAACUGAAAGAGGAGCUGGAGAGGAUGGAGCAACAGAACAUCAUUCAGCGUAUCACUGACCCCACAGAUUGGUGCUCGCCUAUUGUGAUAGCGCCGAAAAAGAAUGGUGACAUUCGCCUAUGCGUAGACCUCAGACGACUGAACAAAGCAGUUGUCAGGGAGAGGUUUACCAUACCAACCGUCGAAGAAGUCCUCGGCAAAGUCGCUGGCGCCCAGAUAUUCUCCCUGCUAGAUGCCAAGCAUGGCUUCUGGCAAGUACCACUGACAGAGGAAAGCCAGAAGUUCACUACCUUCAUUACACCAUUCGGGCGUUACUGCUUUAAACGCCUUCCAUUUGGCAUCACAUCGGCACCAGAAAUAUAUCAACGCAUCAUGUGCGACCUUCUAACCGACAUACCCGGGGUCGUGGUGUACAUGGACGACGUACUGAUCACCGGUCGCACAAAAGAAGAACACGAUGAAAGACUCCAGCGCAUUCUCGAAAUUGUGCAGAACGCUGGACUACAGCUGAACAAGGACAAAUGCAAAAUCGCCCAAACAAAGGUCGACUUCCUCGGCAUGAAGCUUGAUAAAGACGGCAUCCAUGCCGACCCUGCAAAGAUAGCAGCGAUCAUCCAAAUGCCACCGCCAACCACCAAAACCGAAGUCAAACGACUAAUGGGGAUGAUCAACUGGCUUGCGCGAUUCAUUCCCCAUGUCUCUUCAGUCGCUGCACCAAUUAAUGACCUACUGAAGAGUGAUGUCAGCUGGGUGUGGGGAUCACCACAGCAGUCAGCUUUUCGCAGCAUUAAGACACUCCUCACAUCAGCUCCUGCACUCGCUUUCUAUGAUCCAAAUAAGCCGACCAUGGUUAGCGCUGAUGCAAGCGAAUACGGACUGGGUGGAUGUAUUCUGCAGCAACAAGAUGACAAACAGUGGAAGCCAGUGGCGUACUGUUCAAGAAGCCUCACUCCAUCUGAACGACGCUACGCGCAGAUAGAGAAAGAGCUGUUGGCCUCGGUGUGGUCGUGCGAAAGGUUUUACGUAUACCUUCGAGGCCUUCACGUCACCAUACAGACUGACCAUAAACCGCUGGUUCCACUCAUCAACAAUAAGGAUCUGUGUGACGCUCCGCUGAGGUGUCAACGACUUCUUAUGCGUCUCAUGAAGUACCACUGCACUGCAGAGUACGUACCUGGCAAACUCCUCACUGUGGCCGAUACCCUGUCUCGCGCACCCUUGAAGUCAUCGGUCACUGAAAGCGACAACCUUCCAGACGAAGUUGAAGCACAUGUCCAUAUGGUCACAAGCCACUGGCCAGUCUCCCAGGGGAAAUUGGACGAGAUCAAACGUGAAACUGCCCUCGAUGAAGUGCUGGUGCAAGUCGCAUCACACAUUCGCAGUGGCUGGCCAAAGUACUCCCGCGACAUUGAAUCAACAACAGUGAAGCUCUACUGGGAGAACCAAGACAACCUCAGCUUCGUCCAGGGGAUCCUCACCCAUGGCGACCGCAUCGUCAUCCCGGCAAAUAUGCGCCAAGAGAUGCUGUUGAGGAUCCACGAAGGUCACCAGGGAAUAUCAAAGUCCAGAGCCCGAGCUGCUCAAGCCGUUUGGUGGCCAGGUAUUGGGAGCGACAUUGCCCAGUACAUAGAGAAAUGCUCCUUCUGUCAGACCAAGCAGUCAGCACAGCGAGCGGAACCUCUUAUCUCGACUCCGCUUCCUGAACGACCUUGGCAACGUCUUGCCUGUGAUCUGGCAGAGGUCAAUGGGAGACACUACAUAGUCCUAGUCGACUACUUUUCGCGAUGGAUGGAGGUCCAUCAUCUCCCGACAACAACGUCGUUGGCCGUCAUUAACUUUUUGAAGGCCACUUUCGCCCGUUUUGGCAUUCCUGAGGUUAUCGUCACCGAUAAUGGGCCACAGUUCCUGACCGAGUUCAACCAAUUUGCAAGUGAGUAUGACAUCCAACAUCUCACAUCUAGCCCAAACUACCCUCAGGCGAAUGGAAUGGCCGAGAAGGCAGUCCACAUUGCUAAAUCCAUGCUCCGGCAGCCUGAUCCUCUGCGAGCAUUGCUGACCUACCGAUCCACACCAAUCCCAGGCCUCAACCUUAGUCCUGCACGCCUGCUGAUGGGUCGCGAACUACGCACAACAUUGCCAACACUCCCUCGCAAUCUCCGUCCCAAGGUGAUCAACACGCACCAGUUGAAGGCAGCCGACAAGCAACGUAAGGCCAAGAGCGAGUCUUACUUCAACGAGAAGCAUGGCGUCCGUCAUCUGUGUGAGCUGAAACCAGGUGACACGGUGCGGAUCCGCAACAAAACACAUCUGAGUCCGUUGGGUGAGGUGGUUCGAAAAGCAGGUCCCCCACGCUCCUACAUUGUCAACGUUCAGGGCGUCGAGUAUCGUCGUAACCGUCGCCACUUGCUGCUUAUCCCAGAACCAGAACCAGUUCUUGAAGUCCAGACCCCACCUGACCCAAUUCACCCACAGAAUCCCAAGCCAACAACAACAGUCAGACCACGACGCACAGGAAAACCUCCACGCUGGCACCAGGAUUAUGUGGUGUACUAA